AUGAGUGAAGACAUCGCUGUCUCAUUUGAGCCUCAUGAAUGGCGGUACUACUAUGACACCAUCAAGAUCUUUUGUGGGGAGCUCUCUGAAAACUUGAUUGUGCCCAUCCACGCCUACCCAUCCGCCAAUGACAUCGUCCUGCCACGGAUCAUUGACUUUGGUGCAAUAGCAAUUGGAACGUCGAGAUCCAAGGUGAUUCCGCUCUCAUGCAAGAUUCCAAUCCACUUUGAGUUCGAAAUUGAUGUGGUGGAGUCUCACUCCGACUUUUGUAUAUCUCCACUCGCAGGUGUUAUUCCUGCGGAUGGGAGCACAGAGGUUGUCAUCACUUACACCCCAACCAGACACAGGACUGCAAGAGCAGAGCUUCAAUUCCAGAUAGCGCAGUUUGACUUCCAGCCCAUGAUGGUCACAAUUCUAGGGUCUUGCUCACCAGAGGCUGCAAAACUCGAGGUGCUGCGAUCCGAGAUGUUGGAGCUAGAAGCUGUGGAGGCCACACAGCGGCAGGAGGCAUUCGCGGACACUAUCCAGAAGCUUCAGGGAAAGCGGAAGAAGCCAAUGCAAGUCGUUCUACCGACUUUCAAGAAGGAAGAGCUUGAAAGGACGAUCAGCGGUGUGAAGGUUCCCACCACCAGAACAGACCAACAAGCGACAAAUUACAUUCUGAAUCAAACCGCCGGCAAGCUGCCACUCAAGGACCUGGUGGCAUUUAUCCGCGAACAGCGACAGGCGGCAGACCAACGGCGACGCUUGGUGUCCGACAACUUCAAGAAUCAACCGGAGGAGGAGGUGGCAGAGGAUAAGCAGGCCACAGAGCUGCGCUUCGAGCUCCAGUACCGGGAGGUAGACAAGCGAGACAAGGACAAGGAACUGAAAAGCACUCGUGCUACGGGAGAAGAACCACCGGCCGCAAACGAUGUUUCGGAAGUUUGUGCUGCUCGCAAAGCAAGGCACGAGAAGCUCCUUCAAUACAGAAUGAAGGAAGACCUCAAGCGCGUGGAGUCGGUUCUAGCCCACACCAAGAUUGCCAUCCCGAGUAGCUUCAAACCAGCUUCGAAACCUGAAUGGGACGAAUGUGCAAACGACACAUUUUCCGUCAGGCUGCAAGUCAUCGAGCGUUUCGUGCGAGCAGGUUCUAAGGUGCUGAUGCGCUUACGCGCGGAAAAAAGAAUGCGGCUGCUGCAGGAGGCUAUGAGUGACGCUGGGGUUUUCGACAGACCUGGCUGCAAGGCGUGGGUUGAAGCUGAAAACAAGGCUGCUGCUUCCGGAACUCUUAUAAAAGCGGAGAAGAUGCCCAACAAAAGUGCCAAAGGCACGGACGAAAAGACCGAAGGCACUCUACCGACUGUGCACAUUCCAGAAGACUUCGUGCUUCCCUUCCAGACUCCAACGCGAACGUCGGGUUUCUCAGCAGAAGAGCGUCAACCAGUCGAGGUGAACCACCUGGACAACUUUGAAGAAUUCCUCCCGGUGGAGUUGAACAGUCGCCUGGAUUUCAAAGUCAUGGAUUACCAGCAGCAUCAAGUUCCUCCUGCAUCAGCGUACAUGCAGCCGAACACUGACAGGGAGCGACUUUCGGCAGCGCUGGAGGAAAGUCUGGUGUUGGGCCAGCGCGGAGAUGAGCUGGAUGGAGCUGAAGUUCCGGUGUCCAUGCCCGACUCUUGCCUUCUCCCUCCUGUGCAUGAUGCGCUGUCUAUAUUGAUUCCGUCCACCGAAUGCAGGACGUUCGUGGCGUAUCCUGAUUCUGCAGAGUGUGAUCCCGAGCACGGCCUUGCGGAGAAGCCUCCUCUCCUGAUGCCUCUUGAUGCGGCUCCCCUUCUUCCGUCCGGCAUCAUGUCCUUGGAGACACUGUGGCUGGAGAGUUACAGAGCUCCACGAGAGAUUCAAGACCCUUUCCAACAUGGCGAUCCAUUUUGUGCAAGCUAUGCAGAGGCUGGUGGUGUCUUGGGACCUUCGCUAGGUGCUGAUUUGGGCGGUCAGCGAUUGUCCUAUAAGCCAGUUGGCGGCUUUGAGAAAGACCUCCCAAGCGACACGGACGACGAUGAACAGCCUGAGCUUCAAGUGCCGCCACCAGGCAAAGACUUACAGAGCAAGGCUGUAGGCAGCCUGGAUGGAGAAAUUGUCGGAGAGAUGUGGCAUCAAGCUGACACAUCUGAGGACUUGUUGAGAAAGCUUUGCACCGAAAAUUCCCGAGCAGUGCGGGACAGGAUGAAUGGCUUGAACCAUGACGUGACUUCGCGCAAGCUGUAUCUUGGGUGA